CUACGCUGGCUGUCGACGGUGUCAUCCCAGAUGUGACGGGAUGAGAAUCGGGAUAAUCUGAGAGCACCGAGAGGUUACACUUGACCUUUACGAUUUGAAAAACUAAUUGAAGCGUUUUUUCCCUCAUGGCGAUUGCCGUCUACAACAUCUCUGCGACCUCCGCCAGGGUGACUUGGCCACCUUCACCUGGAUGCCUGGACACUUUUUACAGCGUCAUGUACAGUCCCAAUUGGAACAGCUUGCUAAUGGCUUUCAAGCGCAAGAGCUUCAUGCACGAAGAACGCAUUCCCGUCAGCCAGACCGCCACCCACUUGGCAAACCUGUUUCCGCAGACCACCUACUUGCUGUGCGUCUCGUGCCAAGCGGCCAACCCGACGCGGGACCAGUGUCAAGUAUUUACCACCCUGAUUGAUAACGGCGAAGGGCAGGAUCGGGCCGGCUGGGAGCUAGCGGCGGGCGCCUGGCUAACAUGCUGCGUCCUGCUGCUAGUUAUCGCCGCCGUCCUCUUAUGGGGAUGCCGGCGCAGCGUUCGCGCGGGUCAGGGCGGCCGCUCGGUGGUGACCGACGCGGUCCCGUCUGGGAGGCUCUACUCGCCCAGGGGCAGCUGCGAUAACGGCGGCCGACGCGAGCUCAGGACGUUGGCUCGCAUGUCGGGGAGCGAGCCAGCUUGAGGCAAUUGGAUUGAGGUCAGCGUACGCAUGGAAUUAUCUUGUUCGGUAUUAUGGAUUUUAUGGAAUCCGAUGUGGCAGGAAAUAAAACAUAAGUACUUCAAAUUGACUGCUUAGUUGAUUCUUUUGAUCUGCUCUUAUGUCAUUGGCUACCAUUUUUGGAACCUGCCACCAUAUUUGAAUACUUGAAUGAAUC